GCAAAACCUUAAUAAUGGACAACCCAACUCAGACUACUGUUUCCCCACCCCAGGGCAGAGAACACCUAGUUAUUAAACUGAGAGGGGGAUCAAAGAUCUUUGUGGGUAGAGAAAAGGAAAGUAGACUACAAGCAGAAUCAUCAGUAGACCUUGAGUCACAAGGUCAAAGGCAGUCAUCAAGGUCACAUGAGGCUGGUGUGUCUAUUUAUAUCCGAUUUCCCACUAAGCUAAGAAUAGUGAAGAUGGCUGAACAGCGAAGAGCACAGCUCAAUAGGAGCAUGGAAAAAAGUUUUGAGGAUUUACUGACCGGAUUAGAUGAUGACCUUGAACCAGAUAUAGAUGACAUCUUCACAAACUGUGAUCAUCUGCCAGAGAAAGUUACAGAUGCCACAUUUAAUGCCAUGGCUUUCCAACAAAAAGACAAAAAGCCUUCUCCAGUGCCUUCACCAGACAAAGAGGAAAGGGAACAGUUUCAGUUUCCAAAGGUGUCUAAAUCUUCUCCUGAGGAACCCCAAGAGGAGGACCUGGAGGAUGUUCAGUUACCCCGAGCAGAGAGAAACACAGACCCAGGGAUUCAGAGUGAGAGUGAAGAGGAACAAGACAGGUUACCAGAGGAACUGGAGUUUGUUUCAUCCAAAGGGAAUGGAGAGGGUGAAGUUUAUGAUGCCACAAAGUUAAUUAUGCCAACAUUUGGAGAAAGCAGCACAGAUGAUACACUCCUUGGGAAAGUGGAGCUGGAAGACGAUGAGGAGGAAGAUGAUAUGAGAGAUGAGGAAGAAGAUGAGGAAGAUGAUAUGACGGAAGAGGGAGAGGAAGAAGAAGAUGAUAUGAGGGAUGAUGAAGAUGAGGAAGGCAGUGUUGAGGAGGAGGAGAUGGAGGACCAGAAACAAGCCAGUCAGGAAGACAGAAGGGAAAACACAAAAGACCUGACCAUGUUUUCUGGUCUGGAUCAUGAUGACUCAGAUCCAGACAUUGAUAAGUUGGUUGCUGAAUGUGACUUCCUGCCUGAGACUGUGUCUGAUUCCACCAUUAAUGCCAUGGUGGACAGAAAUCGACCCCUGGCCAAAUCUUACCGCCAGAGUCUAGAGAUACAGAGUGAAGAUCAGGAUAAUGAAGAAACCAUGGAAACAGACAUACAACAGGAAGAACACAGCCCUCCUCCCGAUGUUCUUAUCAGAAUUCAAAAAGAGGAAAGCCUAGAUUUCUCUGUUCUUGAGCCUGAUAACAAUCAUUUGGAUGUAGACAUUGGAAAGCAAAAGACAAACCUGAGAAAGCAGGGAUCCCUGGCCAAAAGGAGGAAACCAACUCGCUCUACUGUCAGGAGCGCUCUCCUGUCUGGGGAGGAGGCAAUGUUCCAGGAUUCUACGGAACCUAAAACAGAGCGAGCUGACAGUAAGGGGGAGGACGAUGUGUUUGGACAGAGGUCCUCCUCCUCUUCUGUAGAGGGAGUACCAACAUCACCUCCAGCCAAGAAACCCAGUAAAGUCAUGGUACCACUGCCAGGAUUUGGGGGACCCAAGCCUGAGCUUAGGAAGAAAUCAGAGGAACAACAUGAAGCAGAAAUGGCAGUAGAUGAACCAAAAAAGAAGGACUACAAAAGCUAUGGAGUCAAAUUACCUGUUCCUCCUUUGCCAAGGAAAAGUGAAAGUGAAAGUACGGAGGAGACCAUAAGCAAACCUGUCCUGCGGAAAGUUCCCAGGAAAGACAGUGUUGAGAGGCAGGAACCAGAAAAACUUUAUGAUGUAUCUUCUUUGAAAUCAGUGAACAGAGAGGACAAAGUGUCAAAAACUGAUGACUCAGACAAAUUCUUAGAGAAGCCUUCUUUGCGGCAAGUGAAAAGAGAUGAAAAUAAAGGAACAAUUUCUAGUGAAAAUACAUUUGAAAAGCCCACUUUGAAGAAUGUUUCUAGGCCAAGUGUGGAUAAAUCAAGUGAAUCAGACAUGAAAUUUGAGAUUCCAGCUUUAAAUAAAGUUUCGAGGGAGAGAAAUGAAAGCAAUAAAACUGAUCAAGACAGUGAAAAUGUGUAUGACAAAUCAUCUUUAAGAUCCACCCCAAAACCUCCAGAUAAACAGUCAACCCCUACUUCCCCUAAGACCCCAGAACCAAAACCAUUUGCUUUGCCUGCUUUACGUCCAACUCCAAGAGCCAACAGAGGCAGACAAGAAGAUACAACUUCUCAACAGGACACAGGUUCAUUUGAGAAGCCAGCUCUACGAAAUGUGUCAAGGCCAUUAGAGAGAAAGGGGUCUGUAGAAUCAGGAUCUUUUGAGAAACCCACUCUGAGAAAUGUUGGCAAACCUCCACUGCCUGAGAAAAGGAUUUCCAUUUCUGAGGAUAGUAGCGAGGAGAAACACAAGUUUGACAUGCCAGCUCUGAGAAUGGUACCAAAAGACCAGAGGCCUACACAAACACUGAGAAAUGUUGUAGGUCAAGAGAAAGAUUCUGAAACUGAGGCAAUUAGAAGACCCUCCCUAAAGUCUACACCUCAGAAAGAAAUUCCAAAGUCAGAGGAAAGUAAAGAAGCUCCAUCUUGGUUGAAAAAUAUGAAGUUGAGGAAAACAAAGAGUCAAGCAGAGGACAUCAACAAUGUAGGAGAAACUAAGGAGAAACCAGAAUGGCUGCAGACAGCCAAUGAAAAGAGAGAAAAGGCUAUGGAAACACUCAACUCCAAAGAAAAUCUAGCAAAAAAUAGCUCAGAAAGUAAUGUGUCUUGGUUAAGUCGGGACAAUCUGAAGAAAACUGCCACUCCAUUGCAAGAAAAUAAUGACAAUUUACAUUCCAAUCAAGAGGAGGGCAGAAAGAGGCUAAGCUCACUGGAGAGUAAUGGAGACAUUGAUUGUAGAUCAAGAGAGAGAACUCCUGCCAGAAAUAAUGGUCAGAGAGAGAACUAUGUGCCAAGCUGGUUGAAGGCCAAGGACAAUCAUCAUAAAUCCAAUCCUAACCUGAAUUUUGUGACCCCCUCAUCAAACUCAGAUGAACCUCCGGACUGGAAGAAAGCAUUGGCAGAGAAGAGGAAAAAUAGGCGAGACUCAGACACCCCAGUAAAACAGUCUGCUGACACAGAGAAGGGUAUUCCUCCUUGGAAACAGGAAUUAGCUCAGAAAGGCAUGAAGUCCUCCACCCCUCUCAAAACUUCAUCAGACCAGAAGAAAGCAGAGCCAGAAUGGAAACAGAAGGCAGACGAGAAAAGGCAAAGAAUCAUAACCCAUUUUAAGCCUGAUCCAGAUGAUGAAUAACAGAAACUGGACUCUUCGAUAAAACCUUAAGGAAAACGUAAACUUAAGAUGGAUACUCAACAAAUUGCAAUGACUAGUAUUGAUUUUUGUCAUACUGCACCCUUGCAUUAUUUUUACUUAAAAGGUGGAUCAAGUUUGAUGCAAAUUAGAUAUGAAACAUUAGGGUAAAUACAUUGUACAUGUCUCAAAGUUCUUGUUACCACCUAUAUAAAGUAUGUACGAGAUUGUUACAGAAGUAAUAUGAUUUAUAAAGGGUAGAUUUAAUGUCAAGUAAUUUUAGGUGGCUAUCAAAAUAUCACUAAAAUUAAAGGAGGCAGUCUGUUCAGAGGCAGUUUUAUCCUGUAUCAUCAAGUCAGAAUGUUACAUGUUCAUGAAUCUGUUUGUCUAAAAUGCUCAGUUCGGAAAUGACUGGUAUUAAAAAAAAAUUGCAUGAAGUGGACAGUUUGAGAUUUCCUUCCCUGUUUUCUUCUUGUACAAGACUGCAUGUAAAAGACAGAAAUCUGGAUUAGAUAUAAAGUUGUACUUCCUCAUUGUUUCAGGAUACAAUUAAUUUCAAAGAUGACAGAUGUACCUGAUCUAUAACUCAGUUAAAUUUAAAAUGUUCUUAGACAAAAAAUGACUUCAUAUUAUAUAUAACAUUAAAUUCAGUAUUUGUUAUCUAAUAUCAGAGUGUCAUCCUCCACGUUUUGUAUAUUAGAUGUAGAAUCUCCUCCACUAAUACACUAGGUAUAUAAAUAUACAUGUAUAAUACAUGGAGAUUAAGAUUUACAGGUGACAAUUAUCAGAUUAAUCUCCCUUUUAUAAAAGUCAGUAGUGUAGAUUGUGAUGAGCUCUUUCUUUUUCUUUUGUUAUUGGGUAGUGUAUCUAAAUAUUUUGUCUAAAGUGUAUAUCCUAUUCACAAUCAAGUUAUACAUGUAUUCUGUCAUAUUUAGAUUUUCCUCUGCUUGUUUUUAUGUAGCGAGUAUGUGCUAUGAAAGCCAAGAUUCAUUCUAGAGCAUUCCAACUCUUGUUUGCAAAAGCUGUUGUACAUAACUUUUGUCUUCUGAUGAUGAAAAAAAGCAGAGCAUUUCAUUAAUUUUGAAGCCAUUUUUAUUGUUUGUUUUUAUUGAGAAAGAUAUUAGGUAGUCUGUGAUGAAUACAUGAGAAUACAGUGCCCAAAAUGUUUAGGUUUUGAAGUUUGAAGUAUUCAUUAAUUGUGAGGUGACUGUUGUGAUAGAAAGGGGCCAUUAUAUAGUAUACUAUAUUUAUUUUUUUGCUCAAUAUGAUAGAAAGUGCUGUGCAUAUAUGAUUUUGUAUUAGACCUCAGAGUAAUAGAAUAUAUUUUACAGAUGUACAAUUUUAUGUUUAUAUAUAUGUUUAUUUUUAAGAUGUCACAUUGGACCAUGAGUGCCAGAGCACUUAAAAACUGAUUAUUUUGUGCUUGUAAUAUUGUCAUUUCUCAGAAUCAUGAUUCAUUUAAUAUACAUUAUAUAUAUAUAUAUACAUGUAUACCAAUAAAGUCGUAUGAUACUA